AUGACAUGGGAAAGUGUCGCGAGAGAAGAGAGUGAAAGCAACGAGGGUGUGUCUUCAAGAGAUGCUUCCGAUGUGUCGUUUGGAGAUGGUGGGAGGGGGCCCGACAAGUCUGAUGGCUCACAGUCUGGUCUGAGCUCAUUCAUGCGCAUUGGCUUGAUGGCCUCCCCUCCCCCUGCCCGUCACAUCGCCUCCCCUCCCUCUGCCCGUCACGUUCCCCUGCCCUCCUCCUGCCCGUCGCGUCCCGUCGCCUCCCCCUGCCCGUCGCGUCGCCUCCCCUCCCUCUGCCCGUCGCGUUCCCCUCCCCUCCUCCUGCACGUCGCGUCCCGUCGCCUCCCCCUGCCCGUCGCGUCGCCUCCCCUCUCUCUGCCCAUCGCGUUCCCUUCCCCUCCUCCUGCCCGUCGCGUCCCGUCGCCUCCCCCUGCCCGUCGCGUCGCCUCCCCUCCCUCUGCCCGUCGUGUUCCCCUCCCCUCCUCCUGCCCGUCGCGUCCCAUCGCCUCUCCCUGCCCGUCGCGUCGCCUCCCCUCCCCCUGCCCAUCGCGUUCCCCUCCCCUCCUCCUGCCCGUCGCGUACCGUCGCCUCCCCCUGCCCGUCGCGUUGCCUCCUCUCCCUGUCGCGUUCACUCCCCUCCCCAUGCCUUAA